GAAAUUGAAUCGUGAGUAGGCUACUUUAUCUGUGCUACUAUUACCUACCUACGCUACCUACCUAUAUUAAAUAUUAGUUAACACAUAACGUUAACUUGGGAUUUGGGAUUGGGAAUUAUAUGGAUAUAAAACCAAGUUCAAACUAUAAAAUGUGAUAAUAAUAUAUAUAUAGAUUGUAACCAAUGCGCAAUUCAGAAACAAUAAGUAAUUUUAAACAGGCCACAUAGCCCAUAUAGUAUUAGUAAAAUCUUAUAAUGCACGAAGAAAAUUUGGCAAAUGGGCAACUCAGGAGUGAAAACCACGAAAUACAUAAUUCAGAAAGGAACAGUAAAAGACUUGAUAAAAGUGUUUUAGAUAAGCAAAACAUUGAAGAUGUAGACAAAGAGAAAGAUGCCAAUUUAAGUUUAAGUGCAGCGCAGCGUGCACGGGCAGAGCACAACCGGCAGCGUGCCAAGGCCCUGCGUGAGGCACUGCUCAUCAAGCAACCUUUAAGCAAAUUAAGUGAAAACUGCAUUCCACGAGCAAUUGACUCUGGUGGUGGCUUCCUGAUAGAGGAGACGGAGGAAGAACCUUUGCGGCCUGUGCCCGCACCCGCGCCUAUCGUGCACCACACUGAGCAACCUCACUGUCUAGAGUGCGAGCGCCCCUUCCCCCAGUCGUACCUCUUCGAUACAUUUGAUUACAGUGUGUGUGAUGAAUGCAGGGACGACGACGAUAAACACGCGCUCAUCACGAGAACCGAAGCUAAAAGCGAGUUUCUACUGAAGGACUGCGAUCUGGACGCGCGGCCGCCCCCGCUGCGGUGCGUGCGGCGCCGCAACCCGCACCGCGCGCGCUUCGCCGAGAUGCGGCUGUACCUGCGCGCGCAGGUGGAGGCGCGCGCGCGCGAGGUGUGGGGCGCGCCCGAGCGGCUGCAGCGCGAGCGCGCGGAGCGGGACGCGCGGCGCGAGCGCGCCUCGGCCACGGCGCAGCGCCGCCGCCUGCGCGCGCUGCGCAUGGACGUGCGCUCCAGCCUGUACGACCGCACGCGCGACCUGCACGAGCACGCCUACGGGCCCGAGCGCUACGACGCCGACAACGACGUGUACGAGCGCUCUUGCGCCUGCGGUCACGUGCAGACGUAUGAGAAAAUGUAGCACUUAAUAAGACUGUUGAAAGUGAUAUUGUGGAUUUACAACGCGCAACGGGACAAAUGGAAAAGAAACAACAAAACUGGAAUAUAGUGAUUUUUAACUUUUAAGUAUUUGUGUGAAUAAACUUAAAUAACUUCUUACUUGUCCUCAAA